AUGAAUCGAAAAAUAAUAUUAUCAUGUUGUAUAUUUACCGUCUUGCUUUUAUUGAUUUAUAUGGCAGCUACAUCGAAUUCCACCGAUGAUAAAUUCUCAAAAUCUCAAGAUUUUUCAAAAAGUGAAAUUAAAAAUAUGCGAAGAUUUAGAGAUGUGAGUUCAAUUUUAAUUCAUUUUUCGGAAUGAUUUUUAUUUACCGAGAACAAGUUGCAGGUGUUUGUACAUUUGGACUUGAAAGGAGCUCCACCGAAAAUUGAUUAUUUGGAAAAAAUAUUAGGAGAACUUGAAAGGUAUGCGGUUGAUGGAAUAUUGAUUGAAUACGAAGAUAUGUUCCCAUUUUGGGGAGAAAUUGAGGAAAUUAAACGAGAAGAUUCAUAUUCAAAAAAAGCUAUUCAACGAAUUAAUGAAAUUGCAUUCGAACGAAAUUUAGAAGUUAUUCCACUUUUACAAACAUUUGGACAUUUGGAAUUUGUAUUGAAACAUUCGAAAUAUCAAAAUCUUAGUGAAAAUCCAUUCGAAUUGAAUACAAUUUGUAUAACUGAACCAAAAUCAUUCGAAAUAUUGAAUGAAAUGUUGAGACAAAUUCGAUUAUUACAUCCAAAUUCAACACGAAUUCAUAUUGGAUCAGAUGAAGCUUAUCAUAUUGCGGAAGAUGAAAGAUGUUUGAAUCGAAUGAAAAAUGAACAAUUGAUGAAAUCUGAUAUAAAAUUGAAACAUAUUUCAAAAACCGCUUUAAUGGCAAAAUCUUUAGGAUUUUCUGAAAUAUUUGCUUGGAAUGAUAUGUUUGAUAAAGAAUCUGAAGAAUCAAUUAAAAAAGUGAAUUUGCAUAAAUUGAUAACUCCAGUUGUUUGGGGAUAUUCGACUGAUGUUACAACUCCUGGAUAUUUUCCUGAUGGUUUAUUUGAUCGAAUAUAUAAUGUAAGUUUAAUUUUUAAAAUAUCUAAGGAAACUAUUGUUGUUUUCUAGGUUUUUGAAAAAUAUUAUAUUGCUAGCGCUUUUAAAGGAGCAAAUGGAAUAAAUCAACAGUUUUUGAAUAUUUCACGAUAUAUCGAAAAUCAUCAAAGUUAUGUGAAACUUUUGGAAAAUCAUCGAAAAUCUGCGACAAAAAUGAAUGGAAUAUUUGUAACUGGUUGGUCAAGAUUUGCACAUUCGAGUCCUUUUUGUGAAAUUUUACCGGUUUCAAUUCCAUCAUUAAUUGCAAAUUUAUUAUAUAUCAAUUUUGAACCUCAAAACAAACGAGAAAUUUGGAGAUUAUUAAAAGAAAAGUUGAAAUGUCAUAUACCACAUAUGGUAAAAGGAAUUCAAUCUGAAAGAGUUUUGGAAAAUUGUGAUUUUGAAGGAAUCGAAGUAUUCAGAACGGUUAGUUAUUUAUUCAAAUUAAUUAUUAGUUUUCGAUUAAAAAAUGA